CUUCUAAAAAUUGUCGACUUUGUCUAUACUAAUUGUGAUUACCAUUUCAACUGUGUUAAUUGAAUUUUUGUGUUUUUUUUUUAUUUUUUAUUUGAAAGGAACAUAAUUAUUCUCAUGUUUAGGAUACUGGUAUUGGUAUGACAAAAGCUGAAGCAAUUGAUAAUUUAGGUACAAUUGCUCGAUCAGGUUCAAAAUUAUUUAUAGAAGAAUUAAAAAAAGAAAAAGGUGCUCUUGACGAAGGAAAAAUUAUUGGUCAAUUUGGUGUUGGAUUUUAUUCAGCAUUUAUGGUAUCAAAAUCAGUUGAAGUAAUAACUCGAUCAUAUAAAAAAGAUGAACCUGCUUAUCGAUGGACAUCGGAUGGAUCUGGUUCAUAUGAAAUUGAAACUUUACUUGAUGAUGUUGAUCGUGGAACAUCAAUUCGAUGUUAUUUACGUGAUGAUUGUGCUGAUUUUAGUAAAGAAGAAACUGUUAAACAGAUCGUCAAAAAAUAUAGUAAUUUUGUCUCAUCUCCGAUUUAUAUUAAUGAUAUUCGUGUUAAUAAUCUUCGUGCUUUAUGGAUGGAAGAUAGUAAAUCAAUAACUGAUGAUGAACAUACUGAAUUCUAUCGUUUUACUACUGGUCAAUAUGAUAAACCACGAUAUACAUUGCAAUAUAAAAUUGAUGUACCAAUCAAUUUAAGAGCACUUAUUUAUGUACCGCAAUAUAAACCAAAUAUAUUCGAUGUAACACAAGAAGCUGAUGUAGGUGUUGCUUUAUAUAGUCGAAAAGUAUUAAUUCAAUCUAAAGCUAAUCAACUUUUACCACGAUGGCUUCGCUUUGUUAAAGGUGUUGUUGAUAGUGAAGAUAUUCCAUUAAAUUUAAGUCGUGAACUUUUACAAGACAGUAAUCUUAUUCGAAAAAUUCGUUUACUGUUAACACAACGCGUGAUACGUUUUCUUCAAGAACAAGCUAAAAAAGAUAAACCUAAAUAUCAAGAAUUUUAUGAAGAUUAUAAAUUAUUUUUUAAAGAAGGAAUUGUUCGAACAGCUGAUCAAGGUGAAAAAGAAGAUAUUGCUAAAUUAUUACGUUUUGAUUCAUCACGUGAAGAACAUGGAAGUUUAAUCAGUCUUGAUGAAUAUAUUGAACGUAUGUUACCAGAUCAAAAACAUAUUUAUUAUUUAGCUGGACCAUCAAGAGAAUUAUUUUUUCUAGAGAUCAAUACAAAACUUGAUCAACAUCCAUGUAUAAUAACAACAAAUGAAAUGGGUGCUGUUCGUCAUUUCUUAAAAACAAAUCUACUUCAAAGAAAUAAACAACAAGAAAUCUAUAAAGUUCUUCAACUUAAUUUUGAUAUUAAUCCAAAACAUAUAUUAAUUAAAAAACUUUAUACACUUCAUAAAUCAAAUAAUACACAAUUAGCAACAAUGCUUGGUCAACAAUUAAUCGAUAAUGCAUUGGUUACAGCUGGUCUAGUUGAAGAUCCACGUUUAGUACUUACGGGUUUAAAUAAAUUAUUAGAAAAAGUACUUGAAAAAUAUUAG